AUGGCUGCCAUCCUUCAGUUAUCACAGUACUGUACCUUUAGAACGGACAGCAUCAGCACUGUGAUAACUGAGCCAGGGCAGCCUGUCAGUCACCGUGCCGCCGGCAUCCUUUCCGGCAGGACUCCCUCAGACGGCUCCCCAGGGACUGAAGCACUGAAAGAUCCCCUUCUGGAAGACUCCUCCCGCCGGAUCCUUCAUGUAAACAACAUCCAGGCUCUAUUUACAGUCGCCGCCGGACAGCAAGGGACCCACGCCAGCUGCCUGGAAGCAGGCGGGGGUGGGGGGAAAAGCGAGUGCGCAACAUUUACACACACCCGCCCCGCCCCUCCGCGCCACUGCCCCGCCAGGGGGCCGGAGCGGGACACCGUGGGUCUCCCCGCGCCCUCGUUCAACCUGCGCCGCUCCUGA